AAUAACUUACGACGACACGUAUGAUGCUCUUUCUGAGUCAUGUGAAUCGUGCAAAACACUUUCACCAAUAAUUGAUCAAUCUGAAAGCAGUGAAAAAUUAACUGAAAUACGAGGAGGCGUAUACUCUUUUAAAACUGAAUCAUUUGGAUGUGAAAAAGAUGGAAGUGGUGUUCUUAAACAGUCAGUGAGAGAAUUAUAUAGCUCAGAUAUUCUUAAUGGUUUAGGUGAUAUGCUCUCUGUUGGUUACUUUCUGGAAAAGCAUUUACUAAAACUUCCUAUCAUAGGAACUUGUGGAUUUUCUGCUGUUUACACCCCUAACCAGUCGUACCUUGGACCUAAGAUAUGCAUUGAUUUUGGACUGAAUGUUGCAACAGCAACAAACAACUACUAUCACUUGAAAACCAACUACACUUCUAGGAUUGUAGUGAACUUUGGAAACACUCAUAAUUUUAACAGUAGUUGCAAUCCUAUUGAUGUUUAUUUCAAAAUGAACGUUGCCGAGGUUUUAGAUUUGGAAAGAGAAAUUUUAGGAGAGGUUCAUAAUGUCUACCGAACUGAACAAUGUGAUCAAGAUUUGAAAGUUUCUCCAAGUUCUUUAACAGAAAUUGAACAUAUUUCCACUUCUGAAUUGGAGAGAAUUUCCAUCAGUUUCUCUCAGCUGCCAGAAGGAUUCCACCACAAAUUGAAUGACAUCUUGAAAGCAUAUUUUCCUCAGCACACUCUCUAUGAAAGUUUACUUGCAGAAGAAGCUGAUGAAACUAAGCUCACUUUUAUCAAAAAAGAUAGUCAAUACUAUCUUGAUGUGAAUCAUCCUUCUGUUAAUACAUUCCUUAAAGAUGUCGCAUUAGAUCUUCAUCCUGAUGUAAUCCAAUUUUGCCACAAGUUUUGUAAAUAUCUUAUGCAUAAUGAAAUUCUGUAACAUAAUUAAAUAUGUAAUGUAUGUGUGAAUAUCUUUAAACAAAUUGAAAAUAUAUGUUUUUUUGUAGUUUUUGCUUUGUUUUCCAACAUUGAGUAAACCACUUUUAAAAGACGGUAUGAAUUUAAUCUAUUAAGUUUGUUUUAUGUAGUAUAUGUUAAUAUACCAAAGCAACUGCACAGUUCUUUGUGGUUGCUCAUUCAGUGCAGUUCUAUUGUAAUCCGUAUUUUUUAGUUCAGUUUUAAUAAUUAAUGUUUUGAUUUUAUUUAGUGCAUGUUUUAGAGAUAGUGUGCUUGAAUGAAGUCAACACAAAGAUGGUUGUUGUAGUUCCUGACUUAUCCAUGUCACAACGCUCAUAC